AUGGUCUUGCUGCUGAAGACCCUUUUGAUCACUUGUACAAGUUUGACAAGUCUUGCUGCUGAAGACCCUUUUGAUCACUUGUACAAGUUUGACAAGUAUUGUGGCUUGUCAAAGACAAAUGCUGUUUCUGAAGAUGCUUUCAAGUUGAAGCUGUUCCCUUUCUCUUUGGGGGAUAAGGCACAUCAUUGGGAGAAGACUCUUCCAAGUGACACUGUCACUACUUGGAAAGAGUGCAAGAGAGCUUUUCUAGACAAGUUCUUCUCUACCUCAAGGACAGCUAAGAUCAGGAACGAAAUCUCCGGGUUUCAACAGAAAGGUCUAGAGAGCUUCAGUGAAGCAUGGGAAAGGUUCAAGGGCUAUUGGUCUCAAUGCCCUCAUCAUGGUUUCAGCAAGGAGAGCUUGCUUAGCACCUUCUAUAGGGGAGCUCUACCACAAUGCAGGAACAGGCUUGAUACUGUCAGCAAUGGUUUCUUCUUGGGGAGAACCGAGGAAGAGGCAAAGGAACUGGUAGAGAACAUGGCUAAGAGUGACUCAGUCUACAGCGAGGAGCAUGAUAGAGUCAACAGAAGUGAUGAUCAGCAGACAAAAAAAGAGAUCAAGUCCUUGCAAGAGAAGAUGGACUUGCUUCUUUCCAACCAAGCUAAGCAAGAGCAGAUGAACUUUGUGGGUGGUCCUAUUGAAGAGGUUUCCCCGAAGAUCAAGGAGGAGCCUAACUUUCAGUACAACAAGUACCAGCAAAGGUCCUACUCUAACAACCAGAAAGGAGGAUACCAGCAGAAGCAAAACACCCAGCAAGGGAGCUAUCAGCCUAGGCAAAACACCCCUCCUGGUUUCAACAAUAACAACAAUCAGUCUACUCAAGCUCAAGGAAGUUCUUCACAAGCUCCAGCUUCAGCCAAGAAUGAGAAGACAAUGGGUUAUGAGUUCAAGAAUAUUCACUCCAAGAUUGAUGGAAGUUACAAUGAGCUCAACAACAAGAUCCGACAUUUGGAGAAUCAGUUUGCUUCAAUGAACUCUCAGCCUAAUUGCCAACAUGGAUCAUUACCUGGAAAGCCAGACCAAAACCCCAAAGAAGCAAUGCAGGCAAUCACCCUAAGGAGUGGUAGAGAGUUGCCUCCAAGAGUUCUCACCAAGGAUGGUGAAAAACAAGGUGGGGAGGUGGCUAUCAACAUUGAUGAUGAAGUAGUGAUUGUAGAUGAGAAGGUUGAUGAAGAGAUUCUAGAAAAGAUUGUGGAAGCUAAGGGUAAAGGAAAAGUUGGAGAAGAGAAGAGGACAGUGAAACAUGGUGAAACUGCUACUCCAACAAAGGAAUCCUCUUUCGUUCCUCCUCCCUAUGAGCCACAACUACCAUUCCCUGGAAAAUUCAAGAGACAGCUAUUGGAGAAGUACAAGGCCCUCUUUGAGAAACAAAUGAGUGAAGUUCAGAAAGAGAUCGAUGGCAUGAUGAUCCUUUCUCACGAGUGCAGCGCUAUUAUCCUAAGAUUAGAUGUUCCAAGGAAGCUAGAGGAUCCAGGGUGUUUCACCUUACCUUGUGCUCUAGGACCUAUGGUGUUUGAGCGGUGUCUAAGUGAUCUUGGGGCUAGUGUCAACUUGAUGCCUUUGUCUAUUGCAAAGAAGCUUGGAUUCAAUCAAUACAAGAAGUAUAGACUCUCUUUCGUGUUGACUAAUAGAUCAGUGAAGAUCCCUGUCGGUAUCCUAGAAGACUUUCCCGUGAUGGUUGGUAACUUUGAGGUCCCUACUGAUUUUGUUGUGUUGGAGAUGGGUGAGGAAGCCAAAGACCCUUUGAUCCUUGGAAGACCAUUCUUAGCUACAGCAAGAGCUGUUGUGAAUGUCAGAGAAGGAAAGAUUGAUCUUCAUCUUGGAAAAGGAAACAUCUUCCACUUUGACAUCAAUGAAGUAAUGAAGAGGCCAACCAUCUAG